GCGCUUCCUUGGUACUGCAAGAGCUGCUGCGGGCCCUCGGGGAGACCGUGGUGGAAUCAUGCAGAGGCGCGGCAGUGUGCGAAGUGCAAGCUGGGCAAGGGACUGGUCUUCCACAGCGUGCGCCAGCCCUCGGCCCCCUCCCAGCGGAAGAAGGGCAAUCAGGGCGGCAGCGGCAACGGCUACUGGGACGACUCCGUCAAGGUGGCCAAGCUCAAGUCCGAGCUCGCCGAGGCCCGCAAGCGGCUUGCCGCUGUGCAGAGGCCGCCGCCUGGCGGGGAGGACGUGCAGAUGGAGCCGGCCGCGGACGGAGACGGCCCCGAGUCCGUCGCCAAGGACAGGCUACGCGAGGUCGGCGACCUCAUCGGCAAGCUCAAGGGCAUCACCGAGCCGUCGGUCGUGGCCACGCGCGACAAGCUGCUGGCCGAGCAGGCCGAGCUGCGUGCUAAGGUGGCGGAGUCCCGACCGCUCGGACAGCGCUUGCGCGAGAUGGGAGCUCAGUUCACCAGGCUGCAGAAGCUGCGCGACGACCAGCAGACCAAGCUCGAUGGGCUGCAGGCGCAGUUGCGCGACCUGCAGGAGAAGGAACGGCUCACUCGGGACAAGCUGGCGGCCCUCGACGCUAGCAUGGAGGAGCUGGACCAGGAGCGCAAGAGGCUUCAAGGGCAGGUUCCGACGCCUGGCGACAAGGCGUCGCUCGACGAGCCGAUCAAGGGGGUUGGUGCCACGCUCGAGGGCCUCGGGAUCUUGCUCCAGAGCCUGGGCGCCGAUCACCAGCUGUCGGGCAGCCUCACGGCGAGCUUCCAGGAGCUGCAGAGGUUGCAGGAGGAGGAGGCGGCAAAGUUGGCUGCCCAGAGGGCGCAGGCUGAUGCUGGGGCCGAGGCUGGUCCCGACGUCGAGCAGGCCGAGCGGCAGGACGACGCGGCAGCGCCUCGCACACCACAGCCAUCUGCCUUCUCCGACGACCCUGAGUUCAUGGAGGAAGUCGUUGCGGCUGGGGGCGAGAAGCACAGGCUGGAGGAGAUCUUCAUGCGUUGGGGUGCCAAGGAACAUCAUGCCAAGGCCGAGGGCGAUGCAUUGGCGAAGUUGCAGAAUAAAGUAAGAGCUGCUGGGUACCAUGGUAUAUGGGAGCCCGCCCUACCUGGGCAGGGAGUUGGCAGCAGAGGCGGGGUUGCGGUGCUGGCCCCGCUGCGGGUGGUCAUCACCAAACCCCCAGGCCUGGACAGUCACGUGCUGCAGGAAGGCAGGAUGAUGGCGGCCCAUGUCCACGCUGGGGUGAAGGGCGGCUUCGUCAUGCUGUCGUGCUAUUUCAUUGUGGACGUCAAGCUGUCGCCCGAGAACCUGGCCAUGCUGUACAAGCUGUACCAGUAUGUCAGGUCGCUGGAGGCCAUGGGCGUUCCGUGGAUCGUAGGAGGCGACUUCAACAUGGAGGUAGGCGAGCUCGGCCCGUUGUCCUGGCUCCAGUCGGCCAAUGGCGUGGUGCUGGCGCCGAGAGAGCCGACUUGUCUUCAGAGCCUUCCUGGCCGCACCAUUGACAUGUUCAUGGUUUCUUGCCGUUUGCUGCCUCGCGUUCGGCAACCAGUGGUCGUCGACGCGGAGACGUGGCCGCAUCUACCAGUGACCAUGGAGCUCUCCGCCACGGCUUUUGACGCGAAGGGCAUCACCAGGGCCUGGGACGUCGUGCUCAGCGGCAUCGAGUUCGAGCUGCGGGGCCGCUACGACGUCGUGAAGGACGUGGCGGGGUACUCCACGGUGCCAGGCCCCCCGACCUUCGAGCUGGCGAGUUUUCACCCUGUCGUGAAAGGUGCCUGGAGCAGGAGGUCGGCGGACACCCAGGCCUGGGCGCAGGCUGCGCGCUGGGCUCGUCACCUCAGGAGGGUUCGAGUGGCCUUGCAGAGCUUCGUGCUCCAGCUUCGCCCGCAGCAGGUCUUCGAGCUCGGCAGCGUCGGCGAGGCGCACGUCGACGGAGUGCCUGGCCUGGGCGAUGGGGCACUUCCUGCUGCGGAGGACCUAUCGUGGGACGCCGUGCACUCCAAGGCGGCGCGCCACCUGCUGGAGUGCGAGAAUUUCUUCCAGAGAAUCUGGCGGAGGAAGGGAGUCUGGCCGCACCUGGACGCCGAGGCCGUCGGCUUCUUCUCGCGUGGCAUACUUGCCUUAGCGCAGGCAGACUUCGAGCAGCAGGUCGACCGCAUCCUGAGUAUCUCCUCCGAUGCUGAGGCCAAGCAUGAGAAGGCCGUGAUGCAGAGCUGGAGGCAGUGGGCGCAGGCAGCUUUUGUGGCUGGAGCCAAGGGAGCUCACCGAUUCAUGAAGCCCAAGGCUCUCCAGGAGAUCGUG